AUCUACUCUACUCAUAUCUACGCUAUAAUGAUACAGUCUACUCUGGUUAUAUCUAUGCUGUAAUUGCACAGUCUAGUAUGAAUUGUAGAAUGGCUUUUGUAUUCUACAAUUUGAGUAUUCAGACAAUUAUACUUUUAUGUUUGCGAGUGUGAGUUUACAUGAGUUUGUCCGUCCAUGCGCGUGUGUGUGUGUGUGUGUGUGUGUGUGUGUGUGUGUGUGUGUGUGUGUGUGUGUGUGUGUGUGUGUGUGUGUGUGUGUGUGUGUGUGUGUGUGUGUGUGUGUGUGUGUGUGUGUGUGUGCGCGCGCGCGCGCGUGCGUGCGUGCUUAUGUGUUCGUCCAUGCAUGUGUGGGUGUGUGUCCAUCCGUGUGUUGUUUGCGUCGGUCCAUGCAAGUGUAUGUGUGUGUCUUCUAGGGUUGUCUUGGUCGACCCGAGAGUCGUCCUGUUCUUUUGACCAAUUGAUCAGUUGAAAUGUUGAAACUUAUUUUUCCAUAUAUAGACAGAGACACAUGUGUUUGAAUAAAACCAUGUGCACUGAGCUUGUCUGAUGCUUUAAGCACACUGUUUUGACUAAAUUAUUAAGACGUACAAAUGACUCAAGAAAGAGCCCGAUGGUCACACUGUGUUAAAAAAAGUGUCUGUGGGACUGGCGCACGCUGUCUCUCUCUCCUCCCUACUGCAGAGAAAAGACACUACAGCUGAGAGUUUAUUGUGCUGUCUCUCUCUCCUCCUACUGCAGAGAAAAGGCACCACAGCUGAGAGUUUAUUGUGCUGUCUCUCUCUCCUCCUACUGCAGAGAAAAGGCACCACAGCUGAGAGUUUAUUGUCCUGUCUCUCUCUCCUCCUACUGCAGAGAAAAGGCACCACAGCUGAGAUUUUAUUGUCCUGUCUCUCUCUCCUCCUACUGCAGAGAAAAGGCACCACAGCUAAGAGUUUAUUGUCCUGUCUCUCUCCUCCUACUGCAGAGAAAAGGCACCACAGCUGAGAGUUUAUUGUGUUGUCUCUCUCUCCUCCUACUGCAGAGAAAAGGCACCACAGCUAAGAGUUUAUUGUCCUGUCUCUCUCCUCCUACUGCAGAGAAAAGGCACCACAGCUGAGAGUUUAUUGUGUUGUCUCUCUCUCCUCCUACUGCAGAGAAAAGGCACCACAGCUGAGAGGUUAUUGUCCUGUCUCUCUCUCCUCCCUACUGCAGAGAAAAGGCACCACAGCUGAUAGUUUAUUGUCCUGUCUCUCUCUCUCCUCCUACUGCAGAGAAAAGGCACCACAGCUGAGAGUGUAUUGUGUUGUCUCUCUCUCCUCCCUACUGCAGAGAAAAGGCACCACAGCUGAGAGUUUAUUGUGCUGUCUCUCUCUCCUCCCUACUGCAGAGAAAAGGCACCACAGCUGAGAGUUUAUUGUGCUGUCUCUCUCUCCUUCUACUGCAGAGAAAAGGCACCACAGCUGAGAGUGUAUUGUGUUGUCUCUCUCUCCCCCUACUGCAGAGAAAAGGCACCACAGCUGAGAGUUUAUUGUCCUGUCUCUCUCUCCUCCUAAUGCAGAGAAAAGGCACCACAGCUGAGAGUGUAUUGUCUGCGCUGAAGCUGUGACGUCAUUUCAGCCAUUUAGUUUCUUACUUGUUUCUGACUGAAAAGUUCUGUUAACGAAAUAACCUGAUUUGUUCAGGAACAACAUUCCCUAUUCCCUCAACCCUUGUUCCUAUUAGGAACAUCAUUCCCUAAUCCCUCAACCAUUGUUCCUAUCAGGAACAUCAUUCCCUAUUCCCUCAACCCUUGUUCCUAUUAGGAACAUCAAUCCCUAAUCCCUCAACCAUUGUUCCUAUCAGGAACAUCAUUCCCUAUUCCCUCAACCCUUGUUCCUAUUAGGAACAACAUUCCCUAAUCCCUCAACCCUUGUUCCUAUUAGGAACAACAUUCCCUAAUCCCUCAACCCUUGUUCCUAUUAGGAACAACAUUCCCUAUUCCCUCAACCCUUGUUCCUAAUAGGAACAACAUUCCCUAAUCCCUCAACCCUUGUUCCUAUUAGGAACAACAUUCCCUAAUCCCUCAACCCGUGUUCCUAUUAGGAACAACAUUCCCUAAUCCCUCAACCCUUGUUCCUAUUAGGAACAACAUUCCCUAAUCCCUCAACCCUUGUUCCUAUCAGGAACAACAUUCCCUGGUUCCCUCAACCCUUGUUCCUAGUAGGAACAACAUUCCCUAAUCCCUCAACCCUUGUUCCUAUCAGGAACAACAUUCCCUGGUUCCCUCAACCCUUGUUCCUAGUAGGAACAACAUUCCCUAAUCCCUCAACCCUUGUUCCUAUUAGGAACAACAUUCCCUAAUCCCUCAACCCUUGUUCCUAUCAGGAACAACAUUCCCUGGUUCCCUCAACCCUUGUUCCUAUUAGGAACAACAUUCCCUAUUCCCUCAACCCACAACAUUCCCUAAUCCCUCAACCCUUGUUCCUAUUAGGAACAACAUUCCCUAUUCCCUCAACCCUUGUUCCUAUUAGGAACAACAUUCCCUAUUCCCUCAACCCUUGUUCCUAUUAGGAACAACAUUCCCUAAUCCCUCAAACCUUGCUCUCUUUAUGUGAAACAUGCAUCGCAUGCAUGUGACCAAUAGGACCUUGACCUAUAGCCUAUAAUCACAUCAAUAAACUGGUUAUAACAAACUCCAAACACAGUAACACGUGACAACAAAAUGGAUGCGGAGGACGUGAGAAAGAAAACUGGAAACAGUCUAAUGUUUACUGGUUGCUCAGGAGGGAAAGGGGAAGUCAGAUCUGUGGAAGACAUUUGACUUAGUUGUGGAAACUACAGGAGAUCCAGAUGAAGGAAGGUUUAGGAGCGAGAGCUGCGUGUGUAUUAUGUGUGACAAACAGGUGCUGUUAGACUACAAUGUAAAUGUUCUGCCUGUUUGGAACAGUGUAAACAACACUAAAUAUCUUAUAAGUAAUAACAGUCUGUUCUAACGGAAAACAUUUGUAAAGACUUUAUUACAGCAAAGAUUAAAAACAGCCGAAUCUGUGAAAUGACUUUAUCCAACAUUUUGCCGUUGCGUGAGCCUUGGUGCUCAUGGAAUCAGUAGGCUGUUAAACACACACUCAAACAGGGGACGGAAGCAGGAUCUGUCUCCUUUCUGUAGAGAUAUAUACGGAUGAUUUAUAAAGCCUGGUACAUUUAUUGAUUAUAGAUCUAGUUAAAUAGUUUCCUCUCUCCUCAAUGUUCUUAGACAAUUAGGGUCAAGGGAAGGGCUGUUUCCUCGUCUCUGCUGCUGCUGCUGCCUCCGCCACAUUGUUCUCAAUCCCAAUCUGCUGGUCAACUUGUUGUCAGGGAAAGGUGCCAAUUCUACGGAGCACUGAAGAUUAUGUUUCAGGACCGCGGACAGCGACCGUAUCCGACGCGGGAGAAAGAGCAUUUGUUAUGAAAUAAUAAUAAUAAUAAUAAUAAUAGAUAAUAUAUAACAUUAUUUUACAUAAUAUAACCAUAUACAAUUUCAGUAUCACGUCUUAGAGUGAUGGACUGUGCCACCCCCACGGCCUCCACAAUGGAUUAGUCCACUGAGACAGGAGCCAAUCAGACGUUGUCUUGUACAAAAACAAGAUAUAAUCAUGUGCUACUGCUGGACUAAAGAAAUGUCGGUCGACCAACAGCCUGUCAACCCGAACAAUCCACCAGUCCACUAAAUGGGUAUUGACAGGGAUGGUAACAUGACCAUCGACUGGGAUGAGUGGCGAGAUCACUUCCUGUUCAACCCCAUACACAGUCUGGAAGACAUCUCUCGCUUCUGGAAACACUCUCAUAUGCUGGACAUAGGAGACAACCUGACCUGUCCUGAUGAGUUCUCCGAGCAGGAGAAGAAGUCAGGGUUCGUCUGGAGACAGCUGAUGGCUGGAGCUAUGGCAGGAUCAGUCUCCCGGACCGGCACCGCCCCACUGGACCGCCUUAAAGUCUUCCUGCAGGUGCAUGGCUCGACCCCGGGUAACCCUGCAGGGGCCCUUGGGGUGGGGAACAUGAUCAGUGGGCUGAGGGCCAUGGUGAAGGAGGGGGGGUUCAGUUCCCUGUGGAGGGGCAACGGGGUCAACGUCCUGAAGAUCGCCCCCGAGACCGCCAUCAAGUUCUGGGCCUACGAACAGAUCAAGAGGUGGAUGAGUGGCAGUAAGGAGAGGGGACCUCUGAGGGUACAUGAGAGGUUUGUAGCUGGGUCAUUAGCAGGAGCUACCGCUCAGACAGCCAUCUACCCUAUGGAGGUCCUGAAGACUCGUCUGACCCUGGGGAAGACAGGCCAGUACACCAGUGUGUUAGACUGUGCCAGACAGAUCCUCCACAGGGAGGGCAUCAUGGCCUUCUAUAAAGGAUACAUACCCAACAUCAUAGGCAUCAUACCCUACGCUGGCAUUGACCUCGCCGUCUACGAGACUAUGAAGAAUGCGUGGCUAGCGAGGCACACAGAUUUAGCAGACCCAGGUGUUUUUGUGUUGGUGGGGUGUGGAACCAUGUCCAGUACCUGUGGUCAACUAGCCAGUUACCCUCUGGCUCUGGUCAGGACACGCAUGCAGGCACAGGCCUCUGUGAAGGGCGGCCCUCAGCUCUCCAUGCUAGGUCUGUUCCAGAACAUUGUGACCCAGGAGGGCGUGGCCGGCCUCUACCGCGGCAUCGCCCCCAACUUCCUGAAAGUCAUCCCCGCUGUCAGCAUCUCCUACGUAGUUUAUGAACACAUGAGGAAAGUCCUGGGGGUGGAGAGAUCUCCUACGUAGUUUAUCAAUCAAUCAAUCAAUCAAGUUUAUUUUAUAUAGCCCUUCGUACAUCAGCUAAUGUCUCGAAGUGCUGUACAGAGACCCAGCCUAAAACCCCAAACAGCUAGAAUGCAGGUGUAGAAGCACGGUGGCUAGGAAAAACUCCCUAGAAAGGCCAAAACCUAGGAAGAAACCUAGAGAGGAACCAGGCUAUGAGGGGUGGCCAGUCAUCUUCUGGCUGUGCCGGGUGGAGAUUAUAACAGAACUAUGCCAAGAUGUUCAAAAAUGUUCAUAAGUGACAAGCAUGGUCAAAUAAUAAUCAUGAAUAAUAUUCAGUUGGCUUUUCAUAGCCGAUCAUUAAGAGUUGAAAAACAACAGGUCUGGGACAGGUGGCGGUUCCAUAACCGCAGGCAGAACAGCAGCAAGGCCAGGCGGACUGGGGACAGCAAGGAGCCACCACGCCCGGCAGUCCCGACGUAUGGUCCCAGGGCUCAGGUCCUCCGAGAGAAAGAAAGAGAGAAGGAGAAAAUUAGAGAGAGCCAAGAUUUUCAAAAUGUUCAUAAAUGACAAGCAUGGUCAAAUAAUAAUCAGGAAUAAAUCUGUUGGCUUUUCAUAGCCGAUCAUUAAGAGUUGAAAACAGCAGGUCUGGGACAGGUAGGGGUUCCGUAACCGCAGGCAGAACCGUUGAAACUGGAAUAGCAGCAAGGCCAGGCGGACUGGGGGCAGCAGGGAGUCGUCAUGCCCGGUAGUCCUGACGUAUGGUCCUAGGGCUCAGGUUCUCAGAGAGAGAAAGAAAGAGAGAACGAGAGAAUUAGAGAAAGCAUACUUAAAUUCACACAGGACACUGGAUAAGACAGGAGAAGUACUCCAGGUAUAACCAACUGACCCUAGCCCCCCGACACAAACUACUGCAGCAUAAAUACUGGAGGCUGAGACAGGAGCGGUCAGGAGACACUGUGGCCCCAUUCGAAGAUACCCCCGGACAGGGCCAAAUAGGAAGGAUAUAACCCCACCCACUUUGCCAAAGCACAGCCCCCGCACCACUGGAGGGAUAUCUUCAACCACCAACUUAUAAUCCUGAGACAAGGCCGAGUAUAGCCAACAAAGGUCUCCACCACAGCACAAACCAAGGGGGGGCGCCAACCCAGACAGGAAGAUCACGUCAGUAACUCAACCCACUCAAGUGACGCACCCCUCCCAGGGACGGCAUGAAAGAGCACCAGUAAGCCAGUGACUCAGCCCCUGUAACAGGGUUAGAGGCAGAGAAUCCCAGUGGAGAGAGGGGAACCGGCCAGGCAGAGACAGCAAGGGCGGUUCGUUGCUCCAGAGCCUUUCCGUUCACCUUCACACUCCUGGGCCAGACUACACUCAAUCAUAUGACCUACUGAAGAGAUAAGUCUUCAGUAAAGACUUAAAGGUUGAG